AUGGAAUAUAAGAAUAAUAUCACAGAUUUUAUCCUUUUAGGACUUUCUCAGACCAAAGAGGUAGAGAUUCUCUGCUUUUUAGUGUUUUUGCUUUGUUACAUUGCAAUUUUGAUUGGAAACCUGCUUAUCAUGAUUUCUAUCUCCUACACUCCACUCAUUAAUCAGCCCAUGUAUUUCUUCCUGAGCUAUCUCUCACUCUCAGACCUGUGCUACACCUCCACUGUGACUCCCAAGCUAAUCACGGACUUACUGGCAACAAAGAAGAUCAUUUCCUACAAUGGAUGCAUGACACAACUCUUCACCAUGCAUUUCUUUGGGGGUAUUGAGAUUUUCAUCCUCACAAGCAUGGCCUAUGACCGCUACGUGGCCAUCUGCAAGCCUCUGCACUACACCGUCAUCAUGAACAGAGAGAGAUGUAAUGCCAUGAUUGCUGCUUCCUGUGUUGGGGGAUUCCUACAUUCCUUUGGCCAGUUUCUCCUGGCCAUCUUUUUACCCUACUGUGGUCCCAAUGAAAUAGAUCACUACUUCUGUGAUGUGUAUCCUUUGUUGAAACUGGCCUGCACGGACACAAGCAGAAUUGGUUUCUUGGUCAUUGCCAAUUCAGGUGUGAUGGGUAUGGUGACUUUUGUGGUACUGUUGAUAUCAUAUGCUGUGAUAUUGCACACUGUCAGGUCCUACUCUAUGGAGAAUCGUCGCAAAGCUCUUUCCACAUGCAGUUCACACAUCAUUGUGGUGGUCCUGUUUUUUGCUCCCCUACUGUUUAUUUACAUCCGACCAGCAACUACUUUUCCAGAAGACAAAGUGUUCGCUCUCUUUUAUACCAUCAUUGCCCCUAUGCUCAACCCUCUCAUCUACACACUGAGAAAUGUGGAGAUGAAGAAUGCCAUCAAAAAGCUUUGGUGUCAUACUACAGGAAGUGAAUAG